AUGAUUGCAAAUCGUGAGCCCCCAUCAGAUACAUUUGAAGUCACAUCAGAUGGACAAGUGAAGCUUAAGACAGAGCUGAACCAUGCUGUGACUAAAUUUUACACCUUCAAUGUGACUGCCAAGGACAUCGGGAAUAAGUCAGACACCACAGUGGUUAAUGUCACUGUAAUUGACGGGCCUAGGUUUGAAUAUAACAUGUACUGUGCCUCAGUUAGCGACAACAAGGUUGGUCCCAUAGAAAACAUUGACCCAGCACCAAUCAAGGCUGAUGUUGGAAACAAGUACUCAGUCUUUUACCACAUCAGUGCUGUGCAUCCAAUUGAGUACUUGAGUCAUUUCAUCAUGAACAACAGAUCAGGCAUCAUCACUAUCCAAAGGAAGCUCAGCCAAGAGAGAACGAGCACAGUGAACUUGGACAUACAGGCUUCCCUGGAAAAUGGCAGUGGGGAGAAAGCCAAUGCCACGGUAAUACUCAAUGUGGAGAAUGGACCAGAAGUGGACAACAACCCGCCCGUGUUCAGUCUCCAGGUGUACACGAAGGAAAUCUACAGUGUGCUUCCAGUAGGCUCCCCGGUCCUAGAAGUCAAGGCUACAGACCCAGAUGUGGGGGAGACUGAGGCAUUGCAGUACUCCCUUGGGGAGCCCAGUUCCCUGUUUGAUAUAGAGCCCUCUAAUGGCCAGGUGUAUGUAGCGUCUGAUAUUCAUCCUGGAAAUGUGACCCUGAUAGUGAAGGCAACAGACCUGCAAGGAGAGUCUGGCACAGCAACAGUGGAGAUUAUAGUUAAAGAAAGUGGAGAACACAACAUUGCCAGAAUGUCCCUGAACAAACCAUAUGCCAUGGUAGAGGAGAAAUGCACCAGCAUUGAAGAUGCCCUGGGGAGAGCCAUGGCUUGGGAGGUGGACACUGUGAAAAUAACAGCACACGAGAACAAACAGUUGGAGGCAGAGAAGGAACUUAGCGAAAGAUCCGACUUCCAAACCGACAUCCACUUCAUCGCCAUGGCAAUGAGCGGCAGUGAGCAGUGGAUCAUGCACAAAGAUGACGUCAAAAGGAUGGUGGAGAGGGAGAAAGAGAGGGUUCUGGAGGAGCUCCGGCCAGUGCUGGGUCCUGAUGUGGACCUGGACAUGGUUGAUGAGACACCUUGGCGCAAGUUUAUCAUUCAGGUUCUUCUGGCAACGCUGGCUGGCAUGGUUGUUCUAAGCGUAACCUCCAUCGGAGUCAUGCUCAUAAAACGGAGAAAGAGAGAACCAAGGCGAGGGAGUCAGGACUCCAUGGAUGCCAUGCCUCCUUUCUACAGACGAGGGAGUCAGGACUCCAUGGAAGCCAUGCCUCCUUUCUACAUCUCAAGCCCACCGACGCAAGCCAACAUGCACAACAACAUGCAUGCGAGGAUGGAAUUUCAACAUGGGCCUUAUCAAAUGAGUCCAUAUGGCCGAUCGUACCGUUAA